CAUACUCUAUACCUAUAACGGUCGUUGAGGUCAGCUUAUCAGCCCGCAUGGGAGAGUCUACCACAUAAUGAAUAGCAGAGGUGCAACCAGGUCUCUUGGAGGCACUCUAUUUGACGCUAGGGGUAUUGUUCACGAGAAGCCCGAUGGAAACACCCCAAAAAAACCCCACUUUUUGUACGUGGAUACUACUGAUAAGAUUCACCACGUUACGAGAAGCUCGCUGAAUCAAAAUGAUACCUUGCGCUUGCGGUUAAAUAAUGCGUUAAUAGAGUGCCAGCCAUUCAAAAUGUGAAAGAUAAA